AUGAUUGUGGGUGAAACAGCACAUUUUUGGGAUUCGACUAUUAAUCAGAAAAGUACAAUUUAUUCUCGUUGUUGUUUAACAUUCGGAAUCUUCUUAAACUAUUUCAUUUCUCUACUUUUCCUGUCGGUGCAUAUGACAAUGAAUGGAACUAAUCCGUUUCUUAUAGAAAUCUGCCGAAUAACAUCUGAAAAAGAUCAUCCGAGACAGGAAAGAUCAUCGAUACCAACAUUGAUCACAUAUAUCGAAUCUAAAACGAAAACGUCUCGCAACAGUCUUCUUCUCCUCAUUGAUUUACACUCAUUACUCCGAACAUGA